AUGGACGGCAUCGAUUAUUGCGGUCGCCACAACACCGACGUCAACGGUGGUGAACUUGUUACACGCCGACCCACCAAGAGGCAGAGGUUAAUUAACGAUGAUGUCCUGCAACCGAAUAGGUACGACGUCUUCAUCAGCUUCAGAGGAGUCGACGUGCGGAACUCCUUCCUCAGCCACCUCUACUCCCACCUUAAUGAUCAUAAGAAAUUGGCCGUCUACAAAGACGACGAGGAUAUCGAAAGAGGGGAGCAGAUCUCGCCUGCACUCCUGCAAGCAAUUGAGAGGUCCGAAGUUUAUAUUGUGAUUCUCUCACCUAAUUAUGGCGAUUCUCAAUGGUGCGUGGAGGAGAUCGAGAAGAUCCACGAGUGUAAGGAACGGUUCGGUCGGAGGGUCAUACCAGUGUUCUACGGUGUGGAUACUUGUGCUUUCGAAGAAUCGCCGUCUGAACGACUGAGGGAGAUAGCCGGCAAUUGUGGUUUGGAUUCGCAGGUUAUCAGACCUGAAACCAAGCUCAUUGAGGAAAUCGCUGAAGCUGUAUUCCAAGCAAUACGCAGCAGCAGUCAGAUGGUGAAUUUUUCAUCCUAUUCAGAUAGUAGAGGUUUAGUUGGAGUUGAGAGAAAGAUCGAACAAGUAAAAGCCUUGGCUGGCAUUGGAGGGAGAUUAGGUAAUAGAUCGAUUGGACUGUGGGGAAUGCCCGGCAUUGGCAAGACCGUUCUCGCUAAGGCUCUAUUUGACAGAUUCUCUUGUCAAUUUGAAGGUUCCUAUUUCAUCAGUAAUUUUGCAGACACGCUUGCUAGCGGGCGGUCUCUUCAGUGGGGCGGUGAUCUGCAGAACGACUUCUUCUCGAGAGUGAUGGGCUGUGAGAAUCGCAGAGCUGGUGAAUCGUUGCCCUAUGAUUGGACACUCUACCGCCUUGGUCGUAAGAGGUGUUUGGUCGUGAUCGAUGAUGUGGGCAACGAUGUGGGGAACAUCCCACCAUUAAACGAUUUCUUGAAUGGACAGUACUGCAAUCUCUUUGGUCCAGGGAGUAUAACCAUCAUUACCAGCAGGAACAAACAACUUCUUAAGAGUGCCUGUGAUCAUGUAUAUGAAGUCCAACCUCUAUAUCGUGAAGAAGCCCGUCAACUUUUCUGCUUGCACGCCUUCCGAGGGUUCGGCGUCCCAACCGAGUAUAAAAAGCUGAUACAGGAAGCUCUAAAUCAUACAGGUAGAAAUCCAUUAGCUAUUGUUGUGUUGGGCUCACACUUGCUUGGCCGGGAUGUCGAGUUUUGGAAGUCUGAGCUGGAUGCUUUGCAAGAUAGUCCCAAUCAAGUGAUUGAGAAUUCGUUCAGAAAGAGUUAUGAUGGAUUAAACCAAGCUGAGAAAGAUGUAUUGCUUGAUAUUGCAUGCUUCUACCAAUACUGGAGUUCUAGUUUCAAGAAAAUAUGGGAUUCCUUGUUACAAGGCAAGGAUGCGAAUAUCAUUACUCACCUUAUUGAUAAGUCUCUUUUAAUGAUGACCUCUGCUGGUGGUAUAAAAAUAGAAAUGAAUAAGUUGCUAAUAGACAUUGCUCGCAGCCUUGUCAAUAAAGAAGGCCAUAUUGGAAAACGUUCGAGAUUGUGGAAACCUAAAGAUAUACGUUAUCUCUUCAAGCACAAGAAGACUUGUAAUGUUGAAGUAGAAAUGUUCAAAGAAAUGGCUAAUUCAAUACUACAUUUUGAGGUCGUUCGGCUGAGUUGA